UCUUGUCACAGAGAGAACCGUUCCCUUAAAUGCAGCUGCAGUACUUUGGUGUGAUACCUGUCAGAAUCAUUCACGGUGCGAGCUUGGGUUUGUAACCAUGAUGCCAAGACUGGUCCUUCUCCUUUUCUGUGGAUAUAUUGCAGUAAACGUGGGAAGUGCUCAGAAAUUGCCCAGAGUGAAAAGACAGAGUCUGAAAGUUCAGAUCAAUGCAACAGAUGACACUGUUUGCAUGAGGUAUCUUCGACCAAGCCAAAACACCAAACUUGAAGGUUUUGUCCUGGGUUAUGGAAGCAGCUUCUUCUCUAAUCAGUACAUUCCUUUACCUUCGGAUGGAAGCACUUACAUAAAUGAACUUGAUGCAGAGCCACGGUAUUUGGUUUCAGUGAGACCAGCACGUGUUUCAAAUAACAAGAAAUCUUGUUCAGGUCGGAACAAGAAUCAAAAGCCUCUGCAGCUGGUAGUUGGCACUCUCACCCCAACUUCUGUGUUCCUCUCUUGGGGCAUCCUAGUCAACCCUCAGCAUGACUGGACAGCAACAAGUAACUGUGCUAGCGACAGGUUCUACACUGUUCGCUACAGAGAAAAGGAUAAAGACAAGAAAUGGGUUUUUCAGCUUUGCCCAGUUACAGAAACGGUGGUGGACAAUCUGAAGCCAAACACACUUUAUGAAUUUGGAGUUAAAGACAACAUGGAGGAUAGCGUCUGGAGCAAGACUUCCAAUCAUAAGACAGUUCUGUCUAAUAAAAAAGUAAAUGGACAACUCCAGAAUAUGUACAAAUUGGUACCUAGUACCCAGUCACAGCUAACGCUAAGAGAUAAUAAGAAGUUGGUCCCUGUUACAAUAAUCAAACAAGUUAUUCAGAAUCGGACACAGCCAAAAACUUCAGAUAGUUCUUCUCUGCCAGGAGCAAUUCUAGUGCAUCUUAUUGUUCCAGGUCUCAAUGAAACUCAGCAAAAACUUCUUCCUCCUCUGUCAAUAGAUGACAUAACUCAAGUAUCCAGAAAAAAACUGGGUAAGAAUGAAACUCAAGUAUGGCCUGCUGAAUCCAAAACACCAGAAGUUCAAGAAAUCUCACCUCAGUCCCUCCCAGCUCAGGCUGAGAAAAAACAUGGACCUAAGGAAUUUAAAUCAACGCCUAAACCUGAAAUGCAAACUCAAAACAUAUUGGCUUCUAAUGAAAUACAUCCACUUCCUUCUGGAACCAGAAUCUUUGAUGCUCCAAAAAGUCCAUUGACAGAACUUGCUACUCAGAGUCCAACCUUGAAAUCUGUAUCUCUACCUUCAGCAGAUACCAGAGAGAUGGAGAUAGCUUUUGAUGAAACGCAGCCUAUUUCAUCAAGAUCCAAAACAUCUGGUACCACAGAAGUGCAACCCACAAAGUCUGCUUCCCAUGGCUUUCUUCAUAUUACUUCUACUCCUCAAACUUUUACAGCUUCAGAAAUGACAGAUGCUGCUGAAUAUACUGCUGAUUUGGAGAUAACCAUGCCUGUAAUUACCACAGAACGGCAUUUGUUAGAAACAGCACUGGGUAAAAUUGAUGCGUUGACUUGCUUUAGUUUUAACGUCUUACUUUCCAUUUUUAUCCUUACUGCUGUUUUUGGAACAUUUCCCUUGCUUUACCCUUGGACGACAGGGUUGCAUCAUGUGGGGGGAACUACCCGGAGACCGAGGCUGAAAUCCACCACUCCUUCCUCCCUGACGACCCAGCAAACUGUGAUUGAUUUUCUUUCAGCAUUUGAUCGCAAGCAGCCUGUUUCUCCAAUACAUGAAACAUCUACCAUCCAAGAAAUGCUGUCAUCUGUACCUGCUUUCCCAGGAUCAGACCUGGAUUCAACCUCUUUUCCUUCUCUGGAAACUACAAGAACUGUAAUGGCUUUCAAUGAUAUCCAGCCUGUUCUUUCAAGCCCUCUGACACCUAGUUAUCCUGUUUUAGCAGAUACUGAACCAGCAACAAGUGAAUCCAUUCUGGAAUCUUUCACACCUAAAACUUCUCGUCCUUUUCAGUGGCCAAGGGUAACAUUAGCUCCUAAAGAAAUACCACUUACUCCUAAACUGAAACCGUCUGCUACCCCAGGAGUACAGCAUGUGGUAACUGCUUCAAAACCCCCACUUCCAGAGCCUAAAACUUCUCAGACUGUUGAACAGCAAAAAGCAACCUUAGCUCCCAAAGAAGCAAAACUCACACCUUCUGCAUCUAAACCUAGACCACCUGGCAGACCCAGAAAGCCACAAAUUAAACCUGUGGUGGAAUCUAUUACACUUAGAGUUGAGCCACCAAGGUCAACAAUAGCUCCAAGGGAGAUUCCUCGUAUUCCUUCUAAACCUAAACCUUCACCCAAACCUCAUAUUCCACAGGCUGAAGAUGUCCUGGAAUCUGUAACAUUUAGAACUGAUCAACCAAAGCCAACAAUAGUUCCAAAAGAAUCACAUCGUAUUCCUUCCAGACCUAGGAUACCACCAAGCUCAGAGGUGCCACAGACCAAGCCUGCUCUGGAACCAAUUACGUUUAGAACUGAAAAACCAAAGUCAACAUCAGUUCCUAGAGAGACACGUUAUGGGCCUUCCAAACCCAAAACAUCUCCCAGUCCACGUGUUCCUCCAACCAGAGCAAGUCCAAAAGAAAGUCGACGAGUUACUUCCAAGCCCAGAACAUCACCAAGUCCAGAUUUACCACACACAAAACCUGCUCCUAAAGAAACACAACAAACUACCUUUAAACCUAAACCAGCUCCCAUUCCAGAUGCUUCACAACGCAAACCUGGAAUCAUUCCACCCUUCCGUGAACCUGAUUCUGCUAUGAUUCCUCAAAUGCCUGAAAGAAUAAAACCAACACUGGCUGCAACUGAAAAACAAUUCAUUCAUACCAAACAAAAAACAUCUGAAAAACCAAGAGUGCCACACACCAGACCUGCAGUACAUCAAACAACCCCACAACCAAUUAUCACAAAAACUUCCACCACCACUGAGCAGUCAAGGGCAACAAUGGCUCCAAAAGAAACAAUGCUCCUUCCUUUCAAACCUAAAUCACCUGUUGAGACAGAAGUACCACAGAGUAAACCUGCUCCAAAGACAACACACCUGGGAUCAAUUAACCUUAUAACAGUUCAUGUUGUUGAUGGGUCCAAAAUGACUUUGGUUCCCAAUGAAACGUAUCAGAUUUCACCCAAACCCAAAAGUGCUCUCACAACUGAAAUUCCAUGGUUGUAUACAGCAGGACAUAAAACACGUCUCACUUCUUUAAGACCAAGGCCAUCUGAUAAAUCACAGGCCAGACCUGCUCUGAGUAAAACCACAGUAGCACCAACUAGAACUAAAGCACCUGGGUUGCCAAAGUGGAUUGUGCCAACAACAGAUGACAUAUAUACACCUGAGGAUAUUGCCAGACAUAUUGGCAUGGAUGUAAAAAAGCCUUUGGAAUACAUUGACACCUGGGAGAAGCCAUUCUCUGUAACUACAUCACCUAGACCUCAGCAUCCUCCUAUACCUCCUGUCAAGCCUACACCUAUGCGAAGGAAGCCUCUGCCUCCAAACACUGUGACGGGUAAACCAGGCAUUCCAGCUAAAGCAGCUGGACCAACAAUGCCCGUGAAGACAGGAGUGCCAUAUAAGACACCAACAGCUUUUGCAACUCCAGAGUAUUAUGUUGAUGCAACUGUCUUCAGUUCAAGCCCUACAUCAGAAACAGAUUCUUCAGGCAAACCAAGGUACCUAGCACCCCAUGUCAAGUAUAUGAAGAAAGACGAUGAUGUGCCUUGCUCUAUCACAAGCUCUCUUGAACAUUUCCCUCAAGAAGAGGCUGGCAUCAAAGAAGAACCUACUCGUCCUCCACAGAAUCCUCCAACCAACCUCACAGUUGUGACUGUUGAGGGCUGUCCAACUUUCGUCAUAUUGGACUGGGAAAAACCAGACAAUGAUACUGUUACUGAGUAUGAGGUUGUGUCAACUGAAAAUGGAGCGACUGAUGGUGAAAAGGAGAAGUCAAUUAUCACUACAAAUCAAACUCAUUCUACUGUGGAAAACCUAAAACCUGACACAAGUUACGAAUUCCAUGUGAAACCUAGGAACCCCCUUGGUGAAGGUCCGAGUAGCAAUGUUGUGGCUUUCAGUACUGAAUCAGCGGACCCAAGAGUGAGUGAACCUAUUUCAAUGGGAAAGGAUGCUAUCUGGACUGAAAUCCCAUUCAAUUCUGACACUUACUCAGAAUGCAAAGGGAAACAAUAUGUGAAAAGGACCUGGUAUAAGAAGUUUGUAGGUGUGCAGCUGUGUAAUUCUUUAAGAUACAAGAUAUACCUCAGCGAUUCACUUACAGGAAAAUUCUAUAACAUAGGAGACCAGAGGGGCCAUGGAGAAGAUCACUGCCAAUUUGUAGACUCGUUCUUAGAUGGAAGGACGGGACAGCAAGACGAUCUACCAGUCAAAGACGGAUUUUUCAGGGCAGUUCGUCAGGAACCUGUCAAGUUUGGAAAAAUAGGUGGGGAGACUCACAUCAACUACGUGCGCUGGUACGAGUGCGGAACAUCAAUUCCUGGGAAAUGGUAGAUGUCAUGGGGACCUGGUGAAGAGACCCAGCACCAAGCACCCUUGCGAAUGCCCCAAGCAAGCUCAAAGAUGGGAAUGUAUGGUAUGCCUGUCACUUACACAAGUUUGCUGGCGUGUAAGAUUUAUGCAAGUCUAAUGCCAAUACUGCAUUAAUUGUGUAAUAGCGUAGGCUGCUUACUGUAGUUAUCCAGUUUUACAAAUUUGUCUUUAGAUUGAAAAAAAAAAACACAGGCUAGGGACAUGGUGUAGGAUAAUGUAUAGGGAAGCUGGCUCCCUAUUCUUGAGGUAUGGUUUCUAAGGUAUUUUAAGAGAUACGGUGUGUAUAUUAUUUAUCACUAUGUUGUAAUAAAUGUUUAAGGCACAGUUAUGAUAAAGUUGGUCAUGGAAUGCAGUAUGUGUUAGUUUUUAAAUAUUCACUGGUCUUGUAACGUAAGUGCCAUAAGCUAUCUGCCCAGGUAAAUCUGCCGUGUUUCCCCCAUCAUAAAUUAUAGAAAAGUCCCCACAGGUUUUAAUAACCAGGAAACUUGAAGUGCUUUCUCCUUACACGUACGAACAGCCCAUACUCCUGCCCGAACACUGAGUUUUAUUGUGUGUGAAUCUUUGAAUGAUAGUUUGUGUUUUUUCCAUAUUUGUUUCCAACUGCAAGUUUCACCUCCAGCAAAACCUUCAGUAUGGUCAGCCCGUGGCUAUGGAGCUAGAAGUGCUGCAGUGAGUGAGGCAGUGGUUUUUGUUCCUCUAAUGAAAGCAGGCAGGUACACGUGUAUGUGGAGAAACAUGAAACUGGUCUCCGUUGCUGUGGCGUACCAUAAAAGUGCUGUUUUCAAAGACUGAGUGGUUCAGAAAUGAGAUGUAUGUACGCUGCAGGAGGGUUUGGGACAAUAAGUGAAAUGGGAAAAAUAAGCGGUCAUAAUGGCGUCAUCAGUCAGAUUUGGUUUAUUAAGAAUGAAUGCUUUAAAACAUUGCUCAUGGGGGAAAAAGGGGAAAUAGUGAUAACUGAACUUUUAAAACUGCUUUACGGCAAUUAAAACCUCUCCCAAAGCUACUUGUUGUACUGCUUGAACAUUUAUGAACUAAAUAAAGAGAUGUAGGUUUUUUUUUAAAAAAAAAGGUGUUAUUCAUUACAUUACUGAUGUAUUGAAAAAUAUGAACAGGACACCCAGAUAUAUAUAUAGUAGAAAUAGUCAUUUAUAGAAAAUGCCUUAUAAAGUACAUUGCAGGUACACUGUACUCCUAAUAAAAUAUUUUUUAAUCAAGCGUUUCUCCUAUUGUUUUACAUGCAAGCAAGUGCUAGUUUCUGUGCCAAUGGCUGUGGCAGAAGGGGGUCCUGUGGAAGAGGCCCCUGUUGAAUAGCUGGGUGACCACCUGAUGUGUUAGGGCUGAGGAGCAAGCAGCAGCACUGACAUUCCACGGCUUCCUGAUGUAUGUGUGCCUGAUUAGGAGAGCAGUGACACUUAGGGAUGUGGAACGUAGAAAUUUUUUCAGCUCCUGCUUUAUUUCCUAAUUUGUCUUGAUGAGAGUUCAAGCAACGUGCUGCUCCAUUUCGUGGCUUUAUUCCCUCCUCUCAGUUUUAUGUAUUCCUAGAAUCCAUAAGACGGAAAAUAUUAACUAAGAGAAUGUUUUGCCCUUUGCUGUUUAUAUGGUUUAUUGAAUUCUUUUACAGAUUUCAAUCUGCUUUUUCUUGGCUCAGCACUGAGUCACUGGGAUCACACUCAGAUUUUUCAGGGUGGCAAAGGACCAGUCUUAAGUUGUUCCCCUUUAACAAUUCUUUAUUAAAAUAUGGCUUCAUCUUUUAAGUAAUGAACGCGUUCUCCUUCUCCCCUUGUUUAAGUAUUUUUAAUUAUUUAAGGGGUUAGUUCUAAGAUUCUAUAUGUUAGCUUUAGCUGUAUUUGGGAAAAGUUACCUGACAAUUAGCAACAGCAGACAGUGCAAAACCAUCUGUAUGCAUGGUGGCUGCAAGAGCUUUACAAUGGGUUUGAAAGGGAAGAUAACAAGGAGUGGAACAGCACAGCUGAGUUACAGGGACAAGGUGCUUGUGGGGGGCCUAACCCUGCCGCACACUUGAAACCUUAUGAUGAUGAAGGCAAUAGGAAAACUAAUGGUAAAUACUUCAUAGGAAUUAAGGAUUUAUCCUCCAGGAAGAUGACAAGACCAGCUGCCCAUCUGAAGUGUCUCGACACCAACACACACAGCUUGGGAAAUAAAGAGGAGGAGUUGGAAGCCACCGUGCUACUGUAAAAACCAUGACAUAGUUGCUGUCACCAAAACCCAGUGGGAUGAUUCUCAUGUCUGAUGGCUAAAAGCUGCUGAGAAGGAACUGAUGAGGAAAUAUGGGAGAAAGUGCUGCCCUCUACAUCAAUGGAGGAAUAGUGUGUGAACAGCUGUCCCUUACGAAUGACCACAAGCAAGUGGAAAGCCUGUGGGUGACAGUUAGAGACAGAAGUAACAAACGGAGACUUGUGGUUUGGGGGUUCUUACCUGAUUAAGGGGAGCCUGGUGGUGAAGCAUUCCUCCUCCAGCUACAGGAGGCAUCAUGUUUGCAGGCUGCCACCCUGUUGGGAGACUGCAACCACCCUGACCUCUGCUGGGAACGUAGCACAGUGAGCUGUGAGUGAUCCACAAUGCUCCUGGAAUGUAUCAAGGAUAACUUCCUGAGCAGGGUAAUAGCCCAACCAGGGGGGAUGCAAUGCUGGACCUGCUACUCACCAACAUGAAUGAACUGACUGGUGACAUCAGGACUGAAGGCUGCAGGGGCUGUAGUGACCAUACAAUGGUGGAGUUCACACUCUUAAGGGAUAUUGGACAGGCAAAGGGUAAAAUCAGGAAGCAUGAUUUUAGGAAAGCCAAAUUCCAGCUCUUCAGGUAAUUAGUCAACAAAACCCUCUGGGAAUCCAUCAAGGACAAGGGAGUAGAGCAGAACCGGCAGAAUCUUAAAGAAAUUUUCCUUGGUGCACAAGAGUUCUCCCUCCCCAAGUGUAAGAAGUCAGGAAAGGAAGGCAAAAGAAUGGCAUGUCUGAACCAGGACCUGCUGGACAAACUGAAGAGCAAGAAGAAAAUGUACAGGCAGUCCACAGGUACCCUGGGUGGAGAGUAGAGGUGCUGCUGGGCUGUGUAGGGAUGGGGUCAGGAAAGACAAAACCCAAAUGGAACUGGACUUGGCAAGGGGCACAAAGAAAGGCUUCUGCAGGUACAUCAAGUGGAAAAGGAUAUCCAGGAGUAUGAACCCUCCUAGUGACACAUAGAGGCAGGCUGGUGACAACAGACAAGGAGAAGGCUGAAGUAUUCAAGAUCUUUUUUUGCCUCAGCCUUCACUGGCACCUGCUCUACACCCAGCCUUGGAGCAGAUGGUUUAGAAGUUGGGAUCUUGGGGAGCAAUCCCCUUCCCGCUGUAAGCAAAGAUCAGGUUUUUGACCACCUGUGUUAUCUGAAUGUCACUAAGUUUAUGGGUACCAAUGAGAUGCAUUCCAGAGUCCUAAGGGAAUUGACUGACAAAGUCACCAAGCCACUCUCAAUGAUAUUUGAAAAGUCAUGGUGGUCAGGUGAAGUUCCUGCUAACUGGAAAAAUGGUAACAUUGCAUCCAUUUUUAAGAAGAGUAGAAAGAAUGACCCAGGGAACUACGAACCUGUCAGCCUCACCUCUGUUCAGGGGAAUAUGCUGGAUCAGAUCCUCCUGGUAGCUGUGCUAAGGUACAUGGAAGAGAGCGAGGUGAUAUGAGAUAACCAGCACCUCUCCUACGAGGAGAGGGUGAGAAAGCUGGGGCAGCCCAAAGAGAAGGCUCCUAGGUGACCUGAGAGCAGCCUUUCAGCAUCUAAAAGGGGGCCGGCCUCGUAAGAAAGAAGACAACAGAUUCUUUAUCAUUGUUUGCUGUAACAGAACAAGGGGAAGUGGUUUCAAAUUGAAAGAAGGGAGAUUUGGACUGUAUACAAGGAAGAAGUUUUUUACAAUAAAAAAAAGGGUCGUGAGGCAUUGGCAGAGAGAUUUCAGAUGAAGCUGAACAGGGCUCCAAGCAACCUGAUCCAGCUGUAGAUAUCCCUGUUCGUUACAGGGGAGUUAGACCAGAUGACCUUUAAGGGACCCUUCCAAUUCAAAUGAGUCUGUGAUUCUAUGUCUUGGGAACAGUUCUCCAUUUACACACCUAAUGCCACGUGCCCACAAACAUGAGCACCGCUUAUCAUUACCCAGGUCUCUGUCUGCACACU